ACACAAUAUUUAAUUAAUGUGUGGUGGAACCCUCAAAAAAAGGGGGGAGUGAUCUCGUCUUCCUUGUAUAAGGCGGUUUUGGAAAGGCCGUUCCCAUAAGCGGUUUUGAAAAUAGCGGUAUAGUAUCUGCUUCUUAUUAUACUGAAUAUGCUGUAAGAAAUUCUUAAGCGGAGUAGACGCAUUGCAGGAACUCGCCCUUAAAUCUGUAUUUGAAGAGUGUUAUCGAAAUGGCAUCUGCGACGGCAAUGGCGUCGAUCCGUGUAUCUUGUCUGCAGCAAAACCUUGUUGGAUUUUCAAACCCUAAAGUGGAUUCUGCCCGUAUUUCAACCGCAUUUGUUAAGCCGCUCAGAAGCAGAAUUCCUUCCUUUUCCCCGCUCAAGUUAACCAGCAGUGGCUUUGCGGGGCUUGUUGUGAAGAGACACCGUGUCGAAUCCCGGCCGUUUCUCACACUGACAGCUAUUCCACCUCAGUCGGAAUGUACUGAUGUAAAGCCGAUCGGAUUGAAUGGCUCCUUUUUGCCUCUCAGGAAUCGCCCUGUCGGGAAAUCUACCGUGUGUCGUGCCGCAGCUGCCGAUGCCGAAGGAGAUGAAAUUUCGAUUCCCUCAGGGAUACAGAAGCCCCCACAAAGUUUUGGUGAAAAGUAUCCUGCGUUGGUUACCGGCUUUUUCUUUUUUAUGUGGUAUUUUUUAAAUGUUAUUUUUAACAUCUUAAACAAGAAGAUCUACAACUACUUCCCAUAUCCCUAUUUCGUGUCCGUUAUACAUCUUAUAGUGGGUGUGGCGUACUGCUUAGUCUCGUGGUCGGUUGGUCUGCCAAAACGUGCACCAAUUAACAAAGAGCUCUUGUUGCUGUUGACGCCUGUAGCUGCCUGUCAUGCACUGGGUCAUGUGAUGACAAAUGUCUCCUUUGCAACUGUUGCUGUAUCUUUCACACACACCAUCAAAGCUUUGGAACCUUUCUUCAAUGCUGCUGCUUCUCAAUUUGUUCUUGGACAACAGAUUCCUUUUACACUGUGGUUAUCUUUGACCCCUGUCGUGAUUGGUGUAUCCAUGGCAUCGCUGACUGAGCUGUCCUUCAAUUGGACUGGUUUCAUCAGUGCAAUGAUUUCAAACAUUGCUUUCACAUAUAGAAGCGUAUACUCAAAGAAAGCUAUGACUGGCAUGGACAGCACAAAUGUGUAUGCAUAUAUUUCAAUCAUUGCAUUGUUCUUUUGUCUUCCACCAGCCAUUCUUAUUGAAGGACCUAAAUUGAUGCAGCAUGGUUUUGCGGACGGAAUUGCUAAAGUUGGUCUUGUCAAGUUCCUUUCUGACCUUUUCUGGGUUGGAAUGUUCUAUCAUCUAUAUAAUCAGCUGGCCACAAAUACCUUGGAGCGUGUUGCACCACUCACCCAUGCAGUUGGCAAUGUGUUGAAGCGGGUGUUUGUGAUUGGUUUUUCAAUCAUUGUGUUUGGUAAUAGGAUUUCAACUCAAACUGCCAUUGGAACAUCAAUUGCAAUUGCCGGUGUGGCUAUCUAUUCAUUCAUUAAGGCAAAACUGGAAGAAGAAAAAAGGAACGCUAGUGCACAAAAAGCUGCAUAGAAAGCGUGUUUAUUUGACGACUAUUAAUUGGAUGUUAAGGGCAUGCCAACUGAUCUUACCUGCAUCAGUUUAAGCUGUGUUAUAUGCUGGAAAGGUUGUAUUGAGUAAGCGGAAUUUCAUAAUUUUGAGCAAGUCAUUUGUCUUUGUCCGUUUAAAUCCAUUUUGCUAUGAAAGUCAAUGAGAAAUAUACAAUUUUUGUUUUGCAAGUAUUCUGCUGUUGCAAACAGCGAUAUCCUAUGUCUGGUAAGAAAUUGUUUCCCUUUUCCAAUAAUAUCAUGGGAAAUGAAGGCUUGCUUGGUGAUGACAAUUUCUUCGUUCUUUUCCUUAAAUGUGGAAUAAUUUUUUGGCUUUUCACUGCUCCUAUUUUGGUGAAAUCACUAAGGUACACGAUGCUCCUCUUAAAUCUGAUUAGAAUCUUAA